GAUUUGUUCGCCGCGCCCAGUAGUCAGUACAAACGGUUCACAAUCAAAAAUUGAUAACGAAUAAUUUAAAGUUUAAACAAAUUUUGCUUUUCAAAUUUCUAUCUUACGUUCGGUACCGAUUAUUGCUAAACAUUUUUGCGCCUCCGUAGACAUAUUUUACUCGUUAAACGUUAAAUACAAUUAUUGGUAAAAUGACGGCGAUAACUGUCAUUGGGUACGACCCAAACGACUUCGUUUUCAGCCACAUUCGUUUUAUUUGUAACGGAUUGAUAAGGUGAUGCAUCCGGUGGUCCAUGCUCAAGGCGUUCGACCUAUCGCCAGUUGAACGGUUUUGGCGCGUUCGAAAGCUAGCAAUAGUGCCGACACUAUCAUGGACAACGGUGGACACCAACUGCUCUUGUGGUGGCUGAUGGUGUUGGCGUGGUGCGCUGUUCAAACUUUAGAUGCUGAAGCGUUCAUGCAGCGUAAUAAUGCGGUGUUACCCCGAAGGCGAGCCCACAAGUACCAGAAAAGCCAUCAGGGCGAGGCCAAAAACGAACGGAGGCGACCCAAUAUCGUGCUGUUCUUAACCGAUGAUCAAGACGUUGAACUCGGUUCUCUGAACUACAUGGAAAAGACACAGAAGUUAUUAAGAGAUGAGGGUGCUGAAUUCCGUCACGCUUACAGUACUACCCCAAUGUGCUGUCCGUCUAGAAGUUCGUUGCUCACCGGAUUGUAUACGCACAAUCACGAAGUUUUCACUAACAAUGACAAUUGUAGUGGGCCAGUGUGGCAGAACGUACACGAGUCAAAGACGUUUGCCACUUAUUUGACCAACGAAGCAGGAUAUCAUACCGGGUAUUUUGGAAAAUACUUGAAUAAGUACAACGGAAGUUACGUGCCACCCGGUUGGCGUCAAUGGGGAGGUCUUAUUAUGAACUCAAAAUAUUACAACUAUUCAGUAAACUUGAAUGGCAAAAAAAUCAAACAUGGCGAUGACUACCAUAAGGAUUACUAUCCGGAUUUAGUUACCAAUGAUUCUAUAAACUUUUUACGUCAUGCCAAACAACACCAUCCACAUCGUCCGUUCAUGCUUGUAAUGAGCUUUCCAUCACCACAUGGACCUGAGGACUCAGCACCUCAAUACUCCAACAUGUUCUUCAAUGUAACAUCUCAUCACACACCUUCUUAUGACUUUGCACCCAAUCCUGAUAAACAAUGGAUAUUACAAGUCACUGGACAAAUGCUACCUAUUCAUAAACAAUUUACAAAUUUAUUAAUGACAAAACGCUUGCAAACUCUGCAAAGCGUGGACGAUUCUGUAUCUAGAGUAUAUGAAGAACUGAAACAAUUAGGUGAAUUGGAAAACACAUAUAUUAUAUAUACAUCGGAUCACGGAUAUCAUUUAGGACAAUUUGGAUUAGUCAAAGGCAAAUCAUUUCCAUUUGAGUUUGAUAUUCGAGUACCGAUGUUAGUCAGAGGACCCGGGAUUGAACCGGGAACAAAAGUGAAUGAAAUAGUUCUGAAUAUAGACCUGGCACCUACAUUUUUGGACAUUGCUGGUGUUGAACCUCCGCCCCAUAUGGAUGGCCGUUCUGCGUUUAAACUUUUUCACAAGCACAAAAAAGGAAACAAAAAAUUUGUUGCAAACUGGCCUGAUACUUUUUUGAUUGAAAGUAGUGGUCGUCGAGAAUUUAGUAAACAUAAAAAAAAUAACACCGCCAUAUCCAAAAAUGACCUAAGUGAUGAUGAAGUGGGUAUAAUUCCUGGAAAUAAAGCCAGCAGAUUAUUUGUACUCUGCCAAAGACCAGACUAUCAGUCGCCUUGUAAACCAGGACAAAAAUGGCAUUGUGUUCGUGAAGGGUUUAGAUGGCGAAAGCAUAAAUGUAAUAUAAAAAAAAACAAACUUCUUUUAAACGAAUUGAAAAAAUGUACAUGUUUCUCGGAGGACGGAAAUUUAUACACAAAACUUGAAAUGGAUAAGAAUCCAAAAAAUAAAAAUUCUAAAAUGCAAGGACACAAAGAUCGUGUACGACGAGAUAUAACAGCCCUUGGUAGCAACAUGUCAUCAUUCAUAAAUGUGAUUCAUAAAAAGAUUGGGGAUUUACAAUCUGCAGUCAAUGAUUCAUCUCAAGCCAGUUGUAUGAUAUUACCCGAUGGUAAUGUUAAGUGUACCAAUAUUGUGUACAAUGAUCCAAAAGUAUGGAAAAUAAGUCAAAAUCAUAUUCAAAAACAGAUAUUGAGUUUGCAAUCUAAACUGAACAAACUCAAAGAAAUACAAAAACACUUGGAGACCAAGCGACCAGUAUUUGAAGACUACCCUGACAAUAAAGAUGACGAAGAAGAAGAGGUGAUCGAAGACGAUGAUAGACAUUUUGACGACGAUGCCGACAAAUCUGGUAUAAAUUUGCUUAAGGAUUAUUCACAAACGCAUUGGAAUUCUAGGAUUGUACCACCUUUACAAAAUUAUAGUCAAAUGGAUCCAGGUAGUAUACUGGUAGAUGGUGUCGAGCAACAUAAAUUAAGACAUCAUCAUGGGCAGAAGUUGAAAUCCAAAAAUGUCACUGCUACCACUGACACUUGUUAUUGUGUUCCUUUUGUGCUUAGUGAUAGUGAUCCAAUUCUAAACAGAGAGUUGAGAAAAUUAUUAAAAGCUGACAGGCAAAAAAAAAAGAAAGGUCGUAAAUUUCGAAAAAAGAAUUCUAAAUUGGAUAAAGAAUGCAUGCUAGAAAAAAUGAACUGUUUUCAUCACGACAAUGAUCAUUGGAAAACAGCACCAUUGUGGACAGCGGGUCCUUUCUGUUUUUGUAUGAAUGCCAACAAUAAUACAUAUUCAUGUCUUCGUACGAUAAACGCAACACAUAAUUACCUCUACUGCGAGUUUGUGACUGGAUUAGUAUCAUUUUACAACUUGAAAAUAGAUCCUUUUCAACAAAGGAAUCGAGCCCACACUUUAAAUCCUGGUGAAAAAGAAUGGCUUCGACACUCCCUGGCUGAGAUGGUACGAUGCAAAGGGUCAGCCCAGUGUGCGGUUAGCCCUGCCAAGAGAAAAAAAAAACUCGAAGCAUCUAACGCAUUACCCAUUAUUGAUGAAGCAAUAACAAGUAAACAAUUGCUGAUGGACCAACCAAACGAUGCGGAUGUUGUUCGAUACUGAUAUUACAUACCUAAACUUCGAGUAAAAUUUCAGUAUUAUUUAUUUAUUUAUUAAAACUAUUUUUAUUUUUUAUUAUUAUUUAUAAAUUACUUGAUGUGAUCUAUGUAUAUUUGUAAGUUGUUGAAAACC